AUGCCACCUAAGAGAUCAAGAUAUGUACCAGGAAGAGAGACUUUGGUUCCUAGGAGGUCUCUUAGGACUACCCCAGCACAAAGAGAGACUUUGGUCCGUAGGAGGUCUCCUAGUACAACCCCAGCAGAAAGAGAGACUUUAGUCCCUAAGAGGACACCAUCACAAAGAGAGAAUUUGGCUCCUAGGAGGUUUCCAAGGACGACAGCAUCAUCUAGAAGGACUGCAUCGCCUAUGGAGACACCAUCUCCUAGAGGUCGACAACCUAUGCAAACACCAGAUCGUUCCACAACAGCAACGCCUAGUGAGACAUCAAUACCUAGUGGUCCAGAGUAUGUGGAAACACCAAUUCCAAACAUUACAUCAUCUAGAGGUCAUUCUCCUAUAGAUCUUGUAGAUGAGAGUACUGAAGAUACACCUGUAUCCAUGGUUUAA